CGGGUUGCGAGGCUUCAGCUGCCUCAACAGGUCCUCCCGGCCGUGCUGCGGGAUUAGCCGCGCUGUGCCCGUGUAGAACUGGGGAGAGACGCUGAUGGGGACGCUGCCUGUGGGGCUGUGGCCCGAACUUUCACUCACGCCUUUUUCCUGGGCCGAGCCGAGCGUGCUUUGCGCUAAAGAAGUAAACAGGUCAUGGCACGUUUAACAAAAAGACGACAGGCGGAUACAAAAGCUAUCCAGCAUCUUUGGGCAGCCAUUGAAAUUAUAAGGAAUCAGAAGCAAAUUGCCAACAUUGACCGUAUUACAAAGUAUAUGUCCCGAGUCCACGGUAUGCAUCCCAAAGAGACCACCCGUCAGCUGAGCUUAGCUGUGAAAGAUGGUCUUAUUGUCGAAACUCUAACAGUGGGCUGCAAAGGCUCAAAAGCUGGUAUUGAGCAAGAAGGAUAUUGGUUACCAGGAGAUGAGAUUGCCUACAGUACGCAGCCUUUCUCCAGGACAGCAGCCCCAGACAAGGACUGGGAAACAGAAACUCAUGACUGGUAUUGUUUUGAAUGCCAUUUGCCUGGAGAGGUGUUGAUAUGUGACCUGUGUUUUCGUGUGUAUCAUUCCAAGUGUUUGUCUGAUGAGUUCAGGCUUAGAGACAGCAGUAGUCACUGGCAGUGCCCAGUUUGCAGGAGCAUUAAGAAGAAACAUUCAAACAAGCAGGAGAUGGGCACCUACCUGAGGUUCAUUGUCUCCCGCAUGAAGGAGCGGGCUAUAGACCUUAAUAAAAAGGGAAAGGACAGUAAGCAUCCGAUGUACCGGAGGCUGGUCCAUUCAGCUGUUGACGUCCCUACCAUACAAGAGAAAGUAAAUGAGGGGAAAUACCGGAGUUACGAGGAAUUCAAAGCUGAUGCACAGCUGCUUCUCCACAACACAGUGAUUUUCUAUGGAGCAGACAGUGAGCAAGCAGACAUUGCGAGGAUGUUAUAUAAAGACACGUGUCAUGAGCUGGAUGAGCUGCAGCUUUGCAAGAACUGCUUCUAUCUAUCAAAUGCACGGCCCGACAACUGGUUCUGCUAUCCUUGCAUACCUAAUCAUGAGCUGGUUUGGGCUAAAAUGAAAGGUUUUGGGUUUUGGCCAGCCAAAGUUAUGCAGAAAGAAGACAAUCAAGUUGAUGUUCGCUUCUUUGGCCACCACCACCAGAGGGCCUGGAUUCCUUCUGAAAACAUUCAGGAUAUCACGGUCAAUGUUCACCGACUGCACGUGAAGCGCAGUAUGGGCUGGAAAAAGGCCUGUGAUGAGUUGGAACUGCACCAGCGCUUCCUCCGUGAAGGCCGGUUCUGGAAGUCUAAGAAUGAGGACCGAGGUGAGGAAGAGGCAGAAUCCAGUAUCUCCUCCACCAGUAAUGAACAGCUGAAGGUCACUCAAGAGCCAAGAGCAAAGAAAGGACGACGUAAUCAGAGUGUGGAGCCCAAAAAGGAAGUAAGUUGCCCACCUCACAGUGUCCAGGUGGCAAUGGAAAGAGGAAAGAGUCUCAAAGUACGGUCAAGACAGUCAAGUAAUGUCCGUCAAGUUAAGGCCCAAUCUCCCGACUCGUGUCGUUGUGGACUGCUGCUCGACCAGCACACGAGUGCACAGUCUCCGUCCCCAGAACCAGAGCCAGAAACGGAAGCAGUAAGUUCCAGCCAGGAAAUCCCCACAAUGCCUCAGCCAAUUGAGAAGGUGUCAGUGUCAACCCAGACCAAGAAGUUAAGUGCCUCUUCCCCAAGAAUGCUGCAUCGAAGUACCCAGACGACUACUGAUGGCGUCUGUCAGAGCAUGUGCCACGACAAAUACACCAAAAUUUUUAAUGACUUUAAAGACAGAAUGAAGUCGGACCACAAGCGUGAAACAGAAAGAGUAGUCCGGGAGGCGCUGGAAAAGCUGCGUUCUGAAAUGGAAGAAGAAAAAAGACAAGCUGUAAAUAAAGCUGUAGCCAACGUGCAGGGUGAGAUGGACAGAAAGUGUAAGCAGGUGAAGGAAAAGUGUAAGGAAGAGUUUGUAGAGGAGAUCAAGAAGCUAGCAACGCAGCACAAGCAGCUCAUUUCUCAGACCAAGAAGAAGCAGUGGUGCUACAACUGUGAGGAGGAGGCCAUGUACCACUGCUGCUGGAACACAUCCUACUGCUCCAUCAAGUGCCAGCAAGAGCACUGGCAUGCAGAGCACAAGCGCACCUGCCGCCGGAAGAGAUGAGCCUGCCCGCCACCCUCACACGCAGCGGUUUUUGUUUCCAAGAAGCCAAAAUUGUUUAGAAUUUGCUUCCCAUUUUGCACCAGCCUUUAAACACUUUUCGUGGUGAAAUUUUGCACAGUAGUUUAAAUCUUUUGUUAAUGCUCCUCCGGCAUUUUUCGGGGGCUGAAGUAACAUCAAUGGAGGGUAUUACUUAAAUAAAUUCUAAUUGAGAA